AUGGCAAGCCAUUACUUUGUGAUCAUCCUCGUGGCGAGCAUUUUCUACUCCAUCGGUGAUAUAGGAGUCUCCGAUUGUCACCUUGGGGAUGGGGAACCUAUGGAUGUAGACAAUGAUCCUAUGGACGUAGACGGAUAUAUAGAGGCGAAGGCAAGUCCAGAUCCGAUUCCAGCUCCCAUCAACUAUGAGGAGCCUUUGUCUAGUAGCAAAGUCCUGCCAGAGGUGGGUUUGGAUACGAUUCCAGCUCCCAUCAACUACAAGGAGCCUCCGCCUAGCAGCAAAGUCCUACCGGAGGCAAGUCCGGAUCCGAUUCCAGUUCCCGUCCACAACGAGGAGCCUAAGCCUCCACCUAGUGGAAGCGGGUCCAAAUCCGAUUCCGGCUCUCGUCAACAACAAGGAGUCCAAGCCUCUGAAUAG